CUGAUCAGCUGAUCUGACCUGGCAACAAAAUAGCGUAGCUAGAGAAGAAACCUGUCAGGGAGGGCGCUGAAGAACAAAACAAUGACACCUCUCGGACGGAGACACGCACACUAAUACGUUUUAAAGACUUCAUCAACGCGUUCGCGUGGAUUUCUUCCUGUUUUAAAGUGGGAGUGCGCGCGGAUCUCCGAGCUGCAGACGUCGACCGGUUGUUGUUUUGGUUGAUAUGCUCCAGCUAGCUGCCUGUUUGCACGGCUAUGAGCUGUAACGGCUCGCUGGGACGCAAAUUAGACGUUUUCUCUGGGGAAAAAGUUGAAGCAGUCAGUCGGAAGAAGCUGUGAGCUCAUUUUGAAUGUUACGGUGCCAAAUCCUGUGACCGAGCGACUCGCCGGGGAGCUGUUGAUGGUCAGCUGCUUAGCUAGCUUGUUGUUAGCAUCAACAUUUGCACAUUCACCCUUUAGGGACUGUUCAUUGUCUUGGCUUGUACCGGUUGCCUGUGGAUUCUACACUUCAGUUCUCUGCCACGAGUUUGUGUAUUAGUGCGGCUCUUUGCUAGUUUUAAUGCGCAAACAAGUUAAGUUUUAAUAACAAACUCAUCUGUUUCUACUUCAUUACCUCAAAUAAUUUUAUUAGAACAGCUUUAAGCUUAUUACAUGUUGCUGAAUCACCAGCCCUGUUAACAUGCAGCUCAUUUAAGUUAAUUAAAAGUACAUUUUUAAGAUAUCAGCACAUGUUGUUUUUCAUUAACUGCUGCAGGAAAUAACUGGUGCUAUUGUGAAAGCUGCCCCAAGAAGCGCUUCUCUGUAUUUAACUGAGGUUUUAAACAAUGAGUGGACAUGGCUCCUCUUCAGAAAAAGGAGUUAAUACCAGUCUAAUAUGUCAGGAGAGUUAUGAUUGCGGUGGCUCUGAGGAGGCUGCAUUUGAGUGCUAUGAAUGCAAAACCCUGCAAUGUGUUCGUUGUGAGCUCAGGCUCCACAGUCAGGAGCGCUUCAGGAACCAUGAGCGGGUCCAGGUCGGUCCUGGACACGUCCCUGUGUGUGACAGCUGCAAAGGGGACAACGGCAAACGCAACAGGUCCGUGGUGCGCUGCCAGAACUGCAGAGUGAACCUGUGUCAGGACUGUCAGAAACGCACGCACAGCGGCGGCAAUAAGAAGAAGCACCAGCUCACGGCCUUCGCUCCUCCACCCGCGCCCUUCGCUCCUCCACCCGCGCCCUUCACUCCUCCACCCGCGGACGGGAGCGCCGUCCAAUCACCUGCGCACGCCGCCAAUCAGGCCGUUUCUCAGAGGUCAAAACUCGUGGAGAGGGUUGCCAGUUUCCUCCUGGUUGAUGAGAAUGAGGAAAUGCAGAUUAAAGACGAAGAGUCUUUCCUGAAGAGACUGGGCUGCGACGCGGAGCAGCUGCUGAAGGUCGUGUCCAUCUUUGGAAACACAGGAGAGGGCAAAUCGCACACCCUCAACCACACGUUCUUCAUGGGCAGAGAGGUGUUCAAGACUUCGCCCACUCAGGAGUCGUGCACGGUGGGCGUGUGGGCCGCGUUGGACCCCGUCCACAGGGUGGUGGUCAUCGACACGGAGGGGCUGCUGGGGAACAGCACCAAGCAGGGCCAGAGAACCCGCCUCCUGCUCAAGGUCCUCGCCAUUUCCGACCUCAUCAUUUACCGGACCCACGCCGACCGUCUCCACGACGACCUCUUCAAGUUCCUCGGGGACGCCUCGGACGCCUACCUGAAGCAUUUCACCAAGGAGCUGAAGGCCACCACGGCCCGCUGCGGCCUGGACGUGCCGCUGUCCACCCUGGGGCCCGCCGUGGUCAUCUUCCAUGAGACGGUCCACACCAAGCUGCUCGGUUCAGAUAAGUCAUCUGAGUCGGUGGAUCGGCUGCUGUUGGAGCGCUUCAGGAAGCUCUCCCGUUUUCCGGAUGCGUUCAGCUCGGUGCAGUACUGGGGCACACAGACCCUCAGCCCCCCCACCGACUUCAGCGGCCUGCAGAACAAGCUGGAGCCGCUGCUGGACAACAACGCCACGCGCUCCCCGCGCUCCCCGGGGGUCAUCUUCAAAGCCCUGCAGGCUUUGAGCGAGCGCUUCAAUGGGGAAAUCGCCGGUGAGCUCGUGGCCAACAGCUGCUUCUUCCCUGACGAGUACUUCACCUGCUCCAGCCUCUGCCUCAGCUGCGGAUCUGGCUGCAAGAACAGCAUGAACCACUUAGGAGAAGGCGUGUGUCAUGACGCCAAGCAUCGCUGUCGCUAUUCGGUUCAGUACGAUAAUCGCAUUUACACCUGUAAGGCCUGCUACGAAGGAGGGAAAGAGGUCGUAGUUAUCCCCAAAACCUCCGCUUCAUCAGACUCUCCGUGGAUGGGACUCGCAAAAUACGCCUGGUCUGGGUAUGUCAUUGAAUGUCCCAACUGCGGAGUGAUCUAUCGGAGUCGUCAGUACUGGUAUGGGAAUCAGGACCCUGUGGACACAGUUGUUCGCACUGAGAUACAGCACGUGUGGCCGGGGUCCAAUGGCUUUUUAAAAGACAAUAGCAACGCAGCGCAGCGUCUUCUGGAUGGAGUCAACCUUGUGGCCCAGUCGGUGUCGGAGCUCAGUGUCAAGCCUGCCAAGGCCGUCACCUCUUGGCUGACGGAUCAGAUCGCCCCAGCCUACUGGAAACCCAACUCCCUCAUCUUGGUGUGCCAUAAGUGUCACGCAGUCUUCCAAGACAACGACACCAAGCAUCACUGCCGUGCCUGUGGGGAGGGCUUCUGUGAUGGCUGCUCCUCCAAAGCAGCACCCGUCCCAGAGCGAGGCUGGGGUCUCGCCCCCGUCAGAGUCUGCGACAUCUGCUACGAGCAGAGAGCGUCAUACACAGAGCUGCUGGAAGCAGAGCUAGACGAGGAAGAUGGUGGAACGCUUGCCAGGAAGGUCGGAGAGGCUGUCACCAACACCAUAGGGGUUGUGGUCACUGCUAUUGAUAUCCCGCUUGGUUUAGUCAAAGACGCAGCCCGACCUGCCUACUGGGUGCCUGACCAGGACAUCCUGUCUUGCCACAACUGCCAACGAGAGUUCACUGCCAAGCUGUCCAAGCACCACUGCCGCGCCUGCGGCCAGGGCGUGUGCGACGACUGCUCCCCCGAGCGCCGCCCGGUCCCGUCGCGGGGCUGGGACCACCCGGUGCGCGUCUGCACCGGCUGCAACCAGAGAGCCGGAGAACUUUAACAGGAACAGGCCUCCUUUCCUCGGAGCGCUGGCGAGAACCACUCGCUGACUCCGCUCGCAGUCUGUCACUGCUUUACCUCCGUUAUCGCAGUGGUUCUGUCUCGCAUCUGGGGCAAGGAGGCUUUUAGGUAUUUAUUAGCAGAGUUGGGAUUUCAGAGUUCAUGUGGCCUUUGUAGAGCAGCCAGAACAUGGGGGCUAUUUGACUGAGUGUGAAUCCUCCGCUUCCACUCUCAUUGUAAGAAAUAUUUUAAACAUUAUCGACGCAAAUCCCUAAUUUUUAGGUUUAAUAAGGCUGUUGAGUUAUUUUUCUACUAUCAGAAAAUAUAAAAAAAUGUAUCAUAUGAUAAAUAUCAGUUAGUUGAGAACCCAGUGGGGUUGGUGUGAUUAGCUUCCAGCAAGUGUUAUUCAGGAGUAUUGUUUCUCUGACGUCGUCCAUGUAAUGGCGGGGACUUCAGGUUCCAUCGCAUGCCGUAUUGCAACAUUUAAGUUUUGCACUAAACCCCUUUCAGCUGUUCUAGGCUGUUGCUUGGCCUGGCCAGAACACAGGCGUCCCGCCGAUCAGGUCGCCCCUGAUGGAGCAGGAACCUUGGGCGGGUCCAGACACGAGGGCGUCUGUCGUGCCAAAUCCAUCCAGUUCACUGUGUCUGUGCUGGAAUAUUGUUUAUUAAAUCAUGUAAUAUGUGGUUGUAUGACGACAUAGAACUAUGUUAGAUGAGUGUAUAUUUGAAAUGUUUAAGAUUAUUUAUGUAUCGAAGUAAAAAAAAUGUAUUCGUACUACGACAUGCAUGACAGUCUGAAGGAUCCAGAUCACAACCCCUCUACUGCUUCCGUCCACCAUUAUUGUGUAUAAAAAAUGUAUGAAUCUCAAAUUCAAAAUCGGUUUUAUCACAGCUAGCAUUUCAUUGUUUGUUUACGUGUUUUCAGUUUAUGAGUGUUUUGUUAAUAUGUUGGACUUAAUAGGACUGGGAAUUAGUAUGUUCCAUACAUUGACUCCUCCAUAGGAAACAAUCUGACAGAAAAAGGAAUUCGGGACAAAGCUCAGUACUUUUUCUAUUCAUCACACACACUUUUUCCGUUAUUUGACAUCUGUUAUUAAUUUGUUUGUUUUAGUUUGACACUAGUUGUGUAGUUAUUUAUAUACUUUGUAGUGAAUCAGCAAUUUGUCCUUAUAUUAUUUUUGUCUUUCAUCUUUACACACAUAUGGCAAAGGAGCAGCUUCAACUUGUGUUACGAUUUUCAUGCUGAGUAUCUGAGUGAUGGCACCGUUACAUGUGGAUAUUAUACAAAGCACAAGGGGAUGCCUUUAACACUUAUGCUCGUAUUUUACAGUUAGAAGUGAGGAAAGUGGGUCUGUUGGUUGUAAGCUGUGUAGAUAAAGUUGAUUCUCCCUUUGCUCCUUACUUGAAGCUUGUUGGCUCUGAUGUCUGAUGGGAAGAUAUUGUGUCUGCCUUGUCUCAAAAUAGAUUUAUCUGUCUGAAUGUUGCGCCACACACACCCUGAUCUGAGAUGCUAACGUUGCACAACAUAGAAUAGGAAAAACAUCGUGUCCCAUUACUUGUAUUAGAGUUAAUUCCCAGACAAUUAUGUGCAGUCUCUUGGCUUCAAAUGUCUUUUGAGGUGUUGGAGAAAUACAUUUUUGUGAAGUCCAGUUCUGUUUAUUGGGCUGCGACUGCUGCAUUUUCAACUGUUUGAACUAACUUGAACCAGUGAUGUGUGGAUAUUUGGACAAGAUUAAAGUUGUAUUGACUGACUCCCAUCUAUCAAAACCUGUCUAUAAACUGGAAUGGCCUCUG